ACUGCGGCAGGCAUUCUGACACUGGAGGGAACUGACUUGGUGUCACUGACAUCCCCAGUGACACCAAUACAGUUAUCAGUGCUAAUUAAAAGCACUGACACUCUCCACAAGGGGUUAACAUGUGGGGCGAUCAAAGGGUUAACUGUGUGCUGUUUCACAUUAUUUGCUGUGUGUGCUUUCAACUGUAAGCAUACUGCUUUUCUAUGCAGAGCCAUACAAAGCAGUGUGCAGGAGCUAACAGGGGAGAGAUCUGUAUUGUUUACAUACAGGUAUCGCCCCAUCAGUAAUCCUCAGAGAUCGCCG